AUGGCAGAUUAUUUUUUCACUGUCGUAACAUUUUUAGCAAUAUUGCUAUGCAUCAUUCCAGGAAUAUUCCAUAUUCAAACAAGAAAUUGGGGUGCAAUUCUUAUGAUAUUUUGGGUAGUAACGACAAAUACCAUACUAUUUAUAAAUUCUAUACUUUGGGCUACUGAUCUAGAUGAUAAAGCACCUAUUUAUUGUUUAAUUUCUUCUCCAAUAUAUGUUGGCUCAAAUUUUGGUUUAUUAGCUUCUAUUUCUUGUAUGAUUCAUACUCUUUAUACCCUUAUUGCACGUCCUAUGAUUAUUACUGAGAAUAUUAAAAGGAGACAAGCUAUUAUAGAUUUUAGUCUUAUAAUUUUAGUCCCUAUGAUUCUUACUGGAUGUUUUUAUCUCGUCCAGACAAAUAAAUAUGGAAUUAGACCUGUUUUAGGUUGUUUCUCACCAGCAUACGUAAACGGUUUGUUUUUUUUGAUCGAUGGAAUAUGGCCUGUUUUUAUUUCUAUUGUUGGUUGUUAUUAUGCAGUUCCCAGAUUUCCGUACGGUUUAUCAGUUUUCGAUUAUGCAAAACCUUUAACUGGGUUUUUCGUAUUUUUAUUCUUUGGUACUGGUCGCGACGCUUCAUCUGCAUAUAUAAGAUGGGCUAAAAAAAUUCAUUUAGAUAAAGUAUUUUCAUUUUUGAAAGAGAGUUAUGAUGAUUUACGUAGUCAACAUUCAAAAUCUUCAAAAUCUUCAAAAUCCUCUCAAAAUUCUACACUUCAAAGUAAUAGUCAUGUAUCCUCAAUUCCUGACUCUCCAUUUAAAUCUCCAAAACAUGUUCCUCACCUAUCCGAUUCUUUUGGAGAUGAAAAAGAUGAUAAAAGCACGAUUACAACUUCAGUCUCUGCUACUAUCCCAAAACCAAAGAAAGGUUUGGGUAACAUAUUCUUUCUUAGCAGUCAUCGUACACCUAGUGAGCAAGCUCAAAUUGAUAUGACAAGUGGAAUUCACAUUAGAAUUGAUGGAUUAACUACAAAUAUUAUUGAAGAAGAUAAUGAUCAUUCAAUAGAAGAACCUGUUCCUAUUUAUCAAACCGUAGAUGUGUUUCCAAGAGGAAUUCAUGAAGCUCUUGAUGAAUAUGAUGAUAUGAGAUUGGACAAACAAAAUGAUACUUCAACGUUUGGCCCACUUUCAAGAAGUACUUCAGUAAAAUCUACUUCAACUAUUUAUGAAUAUAAUAAUUCUUUAAAACCUAAAACUGUCCAGCACACAAAUAUACAACCUGCAUAUGUUGAUGCUGCUUCAUUAGUACAUAUUGAAGAUGGUUAUGUUUAG